CAGAUGACAAUAUGAUAAGUGGCCGCGAGGUACGAUGGAAAGAUCUAUAGGGUAGAUUUUUAAAUUGAAAGGAAGUAUUUUAUUAUUAAUAACCAAGGCAAAAAGCGUCAUUAAAAAUGAAACGUCCACUUGAAGAUCAGGACAAUGGUUAUGAGAAAAAUCCUAUCGUUUUUCUGGACAUUGCCAUCGAAGGUGAAAGAGUGGGUCGCAUCGUGCUCGAGCUAUUCAAACACUUGGUGCCAAGAACAGCUGAAAAUUUCAGAGCGCUAUGCACAGGAGAAAAGGGAAUAGGAAUGAACGGAAAACCCUUGCACUACAAAGGGUCAAUUUUUCACAAAGUCGUUCCUCAAUGCAUGAUUCAGGGUGGCGACAUUAUAAACUUCGACGGCUCUGGAGGGGAGAGCAUAUACGGAUCAAAUUUUGAGGAUGAGAGUUUUGAAUACAAAAGUAUAGAACAAGGAUGUCUCGUGAUGGUCAACGAAGGGUCUAGGAAUUCAAAUAGUUCUCAAUUUGUCAUCACUGCUGUACCUUGCCCUCAUCUAGACGAAACAAACGUUGCAUUUGGAAAAGUGCUCAAAGGGAUGGGCGUUGUGCUUGAAGUGAAUCAAGUGGAAACGAUUAAAGACGUACCACAAAAGAAAAUACGUAUAGUGAAUUGUGGUGAACUAAAAAGAGGCGAAUCGUGGGGCUUGGAGGAAAGAGAUAAUACAGAAGAUGUGUUUCCUUCUUGGCCAGAGGAUUGGGAUCUUGAUUCAACUGCUGAUAAAAUGGAUAUGUUCUGCAUUGAAGAGGUUGUUAAGAAAAUCAAAGACUCUGGCAAUCAUUAUUUUUCGGAAAAAGAUUAUGCAACAGCGGAGAGGAAGUAUACAAAGGCAUUGAGAUAUAUCGACUGGGGGAUGAAAUUGAAUAACUCGACCGAGAAGCCUAGUGAGAAUGGAGCUGGAGAACUGAGAGUCGCUAUUCUGUCAAAUCUUGUGGCAGUGAAAUUGAAACGAGACCAAUGUAGAGAAGCCCUGAAAAUUUGCAAUAAGAUUCUCAACAUUGAUAGAAACAAUUGCAAAGCGAUGUACAGAAGAGGUCUAGCACAUAUGGGUCUAAACGAAUAUCAACUUGCUCUGACGGAUAUGAAACAAGCAUUGGAAGAGAUGCCGAAUAAUAAAGAGAUCAUACAGAAAAUGGAGAAAGUGAACAAGAUAAUACAGUCGUACCUGGUUUACGAAAAAGAGAUAUGCCUAAAAAUGUUCAAAUGAAAUUUAUGUACAUAUAUACAAUACCAUAAAUGCAUGUACUCGCGAAAAUUGAAUUUUGUAAAGGGUUACAUGGAGUCUAUUAUUAUUAUUAAGGAUUAAAUGUAUCAAUAUUUGAAUUAAGGAUUAGAAAUUUGUUUGUUACAGAAGCUGGCUUUGAAGUUUUUAUGAUCAUUAUUUAAGAUUAGAAACCGAACUAAUUGAUCACGGGCUGGCUAUACGCUGCUGAUUUCCUAAAGAAUUUUAAUUCAAACGUAUAGAACAAUCCGAGCACAUGGUAUUAAGUUUAGUGACUGUAAUGAAUCAAAUUUAUUAAUCGAAUUCUCAUGUUUAGCGGACAUUCGAAGUUGUGGCUUAAGCUUUAGCUUUUUACGUCACGUUGUCGGACGAUGCUUAACAAUAAGAUUGAUAAACUGCAGAAUUUUGCUAAAUCU